AUGGUUCGCAAAAAUCGUUCUCAGCAAUACGCUGAUGACGAUCUACCAGCAUCCCAACAAUCCGUCAAUGACCUUCAGGCUCACGUCACGGCCCUUGUGGAUGCUGUAGCCGCCCUUACAACACAAACCGCCACCCCCGCGAUUCGCCCUUGCAGUAAUAACCGAACCAGUAUCCCUGCGGACUCUGAGGAUGAGGACGACAAUCCUUUUGCUCCGCUACAACAAGCUCGUCGUCACUGCAACAUCAAUAACAACUCUGAUUCCGAUGAAGAACACGACGGCAGAGCAUGGAAGUCAAGCUUUAAAAUCGAGUUCCCGGAGUUUAAAGGCUCCACAAACGCAGAAGAAUUACUCGACUGGUUCGUCACCAUCGAAAAAAUCCUCGAGUUCAAGGAAGUCCCGCUCGAAAAAUGUGUCCCUCUCCUUGCAAUACAUUUUCACGAUCGUGCAGCCGCCUGGGUGGAGGUUCGAGAUUCUGAAGAGCAACUUGUCAUGCGCUUUAUUGGAGGACUCCGUCAACAAAUACAGUUUACCCUGAACCUAUUCCGACCACAGUCCAUCUCUGAAGCUCAUCAACAGGCCAUAACAAUAGAAAAUCAGUCUCAUGCUGGUUCUCAGCCUUGGGGUACUUCACGACAGAACCGAACAACAGCAGCGUCCACAACCACAACCACCCCGGACACCACUUCUAACAAAACAGAAACAGCGAUUGUGCCUGCAACCACCACGCAACAACAACGCCCUGGCGGCCUACGUUGCUUCUCUUGUGGCGAACAUGGCCAUCGCCAGUCUGCUUGUCCUUCACGAGCUCAUCGCGGUCUCCUCAUUGAAGAAGCAGAUGAUGAUCCAGCUCCUAUCUACGAUGAGGAACCAACUGAAGAAGAAGUCUAUCCUGAUAACGGACAACUUCAUGUUCUUCGUCGAUCAUGUCUAGCACCUCGCUCGGACACAGAAUUUACCCAACGCAAGAGGUUGUUCCAAUCUCGAUGUACGAUUAAUGGUAAGGUCUGCACGUUUGUUAUUGACUCAGGGAGUACUGAGAACGUCAUUGCCGCUGAUGCCGUUCAGAAGCUUGAUCUGAAAGAUGAACCACACCCGUCUCCUUAUAAACUUGGUUGGAUACAACAAGAUCAUGACCUUACCAUCACUCGACGUGUUCUCGUAUCAUUCUCUGUUGGCUCGUCUUACCAAGAUGAAGUUUACUGUGACAUAGCGCCUAUGGAUGCUUGCCACCUCCUUCUCGGACGACCAUGGGAAUAUGACAGACGCGUAAUUCAUGAUGGCUUUCUCAACACAUACACCUUUACUUUUGCAAACCGCAAACUUGUGUUGAAGCCUACACCUGAAACCGUUACAUCCCCGUCACCUAAGCCGGUAAUGUUCCUCCGCAGAAAGCCAUUUAUCGACGCCAUGUGUGACGCAGGCAUGGUUCUGGUUCUUGUUACCAAACCAGUAGCCAAUCAUCACUUGCCUCAAGUUCCGGAAGCCUUUAAAACUGUCAUCUCAGACUUCACCAACGUUUUCCCACAAGAUCUACCCGAAGGACUCCCACCAGUACGGGACAUCCAGCACCGCAUCGAUCUUCUUCCGGACGCAGCAUUACCAAAUCGUUCCCACUACCGUAUGAGCCCAAGAGAACACGAAGAGCUGCGACGGCAAGUGGAGGAGCUCGUGGCAAAGGGAUUUCUCCGUGAAAGUCUCUCUCCGUGUGCGGUUCCCGCCUUACUCAUUCCUAAGAAGGACGCUUUCAAGACUCGCGAAGGAUUAUUUGAAUGGCUUGUCAUGCCUUUCGGCAUCUCUAAUGCUCCCAGUACUUUCAUGCGUGUUAUGAAUCAAGCAUUACGUCCUUUCAUCGGCAAAUUCGUCGUCGUUUACUUCGAUGAUAUUUUGAUCUUUAGCACGUCACUGGAGGAACACGUGCGCCACCUUUCAGACGUUCUCACCAUAUUACGCCAGGACAAGUUCUAUGUUACCUUGAAGAAGUGCGAGUUUGGCUCCUCUAAAGUACACUUCCUUGGCUAUAUUGUUUCGGCACAGGGACUUGUUGUUGAUCCCGCCAAAAUCUCUGUGAUACAGUUGUGGCCAUCACCAACCACGAUCACCGAGGUUCGUAGCUUUCUGUUAUAG